CCAUUUGAGUAUGUUACGUGGCCGUUGAAUCUAUCUCUCUCUUCGUUCCCACUUUUCGACUUCACCGUCACGGCGUGCGUUCCGUUCCGAGAAAAAUUUGAAAGUAAAGCCCCUUGUGUUGUGCUAGCAAUUCUUCUCUUCCAGGAUUUCAUCAAUUCUGUUUCUCAAUUUCUUUUGCUCGAUUCAAAUAUUCCAGCUUUGGAUCUUGCUUCAAUGCACGCCCUAACUCCAGAAUACUCAUUAAUUUGAAGUUUCGGGUUUCGAUUCUUAGGGUUCUAUUGCCUGUUCCUCCAAACAUAAUUGGGACGCCAUGGCUGGUAACCUUAGAAACAGUAGACUAAGAAAUCCGCCCGAUAUCAUUUCAUCGGAAAACCCUAAGCAUUCAUCUCCUAUUCCGAAAUCCCACGAACCCAAUCAGUUUCCGUCCCACUUAGACGCACCGGAAGUUUCAUCGUCAGCCAGAACCAUCUGCAAUGUUCUCACUCGAGUAUCGCCUAAUAAUAUUGAAUCCACACUUUCCUCCACUGGAAUCGAACCUUCUGCGAAUACUGUCCAGGAAGUUCUCAAACUUUCCUACAAUUACCCUUCUUCUGCGGUGAAGUUCUUCCGCUGGGCCGGGCAGCUAAAGAAGCAUACGGCACAUGCGUGGAACUUGAUGGUCGAUCUGUUGGGUAAGAACCAACUCUUCGAACCCAUGUGGGAUGCAAUUCGAUCGAUGAACCAGGAAGGGGCGCUUUCUAUGUCCACAUUUGUGUCGGUAUUUGAGAGUUAUUGCAUGGCUAGUAGGUUUAAUGAGGCCGUGAUGAGCUUUGAUGUGAUGGACAGAUACGGGAUUCAGCAAGAUGUUGUUGCAGUGAAUUCGUUAUUGAGUGCAAUGUGUCGUGAAGAUAAUCAGACUUCAAAAGCCAUGGAAUUCUUCGAAAAAAUAAAGGAAGAGAUACCUCCUGACGGUGACACGUUCUGUAUUUUAUUGGAAGGGUGGGAGAAAGAAGGGAAUCUAGCCAAAGCUAAGACUGUUUUUGAUGAGAUGAUUGUUCGUGUUGGAUGGAGCCCAACAAAUAUGUCUGCUUAUGAUACAUUCCUGACAACCCUUGUUCGUGGGCUGCAGAUUGAUGAGGCCAUGAAAUUUCUUAAAGUUAUGAAGGAACAUGACUGCUUACCAAGUUUGAAAUUCUUUACAGACGCUCUUGAUAUUCUCACGAAACAAAAUGAUGCUGCUCGUGCCAUCCUUCUUUGGAAUAUAAUGGUGGACGGUGGACUAUUGCCCACUUUGAUCAUGUACAAUGCCAUGAUUGGCUUGGUUUGCAGCAACAAUGAGAUUGGUCAUGCAUAUCAGCUACUCGAUGAGAUGGUCUUCUAUGGUGCUUUUCCUGACUCUUUAACUUACAACAUGAUUUUUGAAUGCUUGGUGAAGAACAAAAAGGUUCGUCAAGCUGAAAGAUUCUUCACUGAGAUGAUCAAGAAUGAGUGCCCUCCAACGCAUUCUAAUUGUGCUGCAGCCAUCACGAUGUUUUUUAAUUGUGAUGACCCUGAAGCAGCCAACGAGAUUUGGAGUUACAUGGUUGAUAAUCAUGUCAAGCCACUUGAUGACAGUGCAAAUGCGUUGCUUUUGGGUCUGUGUAGCUUAGAUAGGUUGUCAGAGCUAAAAGGAUCUGCAGAAGACAUGCUGGAGAGAAAGGUUAAUAUAUAUGAAUCAACAAUGAGGAGGUUGCAAGAUGCUUUCUAUAAAGAAGGUAGAAGUGGAAGAGACAGAUAUGAUCAUCUCUAUAAGAGGCGGAGAGCUCGUAUCUUAGUGUAAUAUAUAACACUAUACCUUAAUAUUUUUUCCGUUUAGUUUUUUUAUUCAUGAGGAGUUAUUAAAGACAGAAUGGCCUUUUUUGUUCUUGGCCCAUCUUGGGUGCACCUUUAAAGUAGUGUCCUACAAACUCCAUAUGCCCAUCCUGAUUCACUUCCAUCAACACUUGAUCCUUCCAAAUUCUUUUCCUGUUGAUUCUUUCUCAUAGUGAACUCUUUGGCAUAGACGUAAAUAUUCUGGUUCCUACUUCCUAUGUGUCGGUCGCUUUUUGCUGUGAGAGUGAAGUUUUUUGAAGCUGGCUUCACUCUGCUACUUGAGAAUGAGAUGACCUUCCAGAUAGGGACGUUCAUGAAAUGUAGUUGAUUUGUGAUUUGCAUGGAAGUGAUUGGUGCUUUGUUUUCAUCACAGUCUGAUCAUGAGUGUGAGCAUACUUGAGGCAACUGUAAAUCUUGCCUUGAGAAUUGACAAUCAGUUAAUGAUUGUCAUUUCUGUAUAAUCUCCCGUUACUUGUUCACAUUUUUUAGAAUGUGAUAUAUAACAUUCUUUGGCGUGUCCGGAUUAACUUCGUGUCCUGGACCUUGACAAUACUUAUUUACAUGCUAAGGGCGAGUUUGAUUUCAUUGUGAGGACACUGUGAAACCACGUUUACCGAGAACUGACAAAUUGCCACUUCCAGGCGUACAAACGGUUUGGAACCAUGCAUGUAAGUAGCUAACAUGCUGUAGUAACGUGUUUCCGAACACACUACCAAAAAAGUGGAGGUUCCAUACACCAUGCCGUAAACAUGGAGUAUCUAAUAUAUUUACAUUUGGAUGCUAAGGCGAUAUGAUAACGCUAUUGUAUUUUUUAUUUUUUUGUUAGGAUAGUUUUUGUGUUUUUUUUUUUUUGGGAUCUUAUUUUACCUUGUGAUUACAGAGAAGACCUUGCUUAAUGUUAAUGAUAACGCUCCUCAAGAGGUGACAGUUAACACACCUCUCUUUAGGUGCCCCCUGUUUAAUCUCACACUAUUAUAUUGCAGUAUACGCUUAGGAUGGAUUUAUAGACCUUACAUUGAUUUCAAUGAAACAUGUGAGUUUCUUCACUGGUUCAUACUUCAUAUGUAGCACACAGGCAUCAGUGCUGUGAAAACCAUUGCCAUUCUCUCUUCCUCGAACCACCCCCCCUUUCUUUAUUUUCACUCUAUCCUUCCUUUAUUCUAUCUCAAGGCAUGGCUUGAUCAACAAGGAGGCAUGGGCAUGCGAGGAUAACAGUUUUCUGGUUCUUUUGGUACCAUUACAAGUUAUGCCCUGUGAAGCAUGGAUGCUUAAAAUUGAAGAACUGUGGUUCUGUUGUAUAGUAUAGACAUGGUACUCUUCAACUUGUAAAUGAACACUUGAUUUUGUUGUAUCAAAGUGAGUCUGAAUUUGUCAA